AUGGCAACUAAGACAUAUGGAGUUACAGGGCCAGUAUCGCUCGCUAAUCCGACUCAAAGUGAAAUUCAAUUGAAUGAUUCAUUGAUUGCGGAGCUCAAAGCCAAAGGUUCUUUCGAAAGUGAGCAGGCCACGAAGAAACGAGUUGAAGUCUUGUCCCUCUUUCAAAGAAUGGUACAAGAGUUUGUAUUCACCGUGUCAAAGAAGAAGAAUAUGAGUGAUGGAAUGGCUCGUGACGCUGGUGGCAAAAUUUUUACUUUCGGUUCGUAUCGGCUUGGAGUCUAUGGACCAGGUUCUGAUAUAGACACUCUUGUGGUUGUUCCUAAGCAUGUGGCUAGAGAGGAUUUCUUCUCUGUUUUCGAACAGAUUUUGAGGAAAAGACCAGAAUUAGAAGAAAUUACUUCAGUUCCUGACGCAUUUGUACCCAUUAUAAAGAUCGAAUUUGAUGGUAUUUCAAUCGAUUUGAUUUACGCCAGAUUGAAUGUCCCACGAGUACCUCCUGAUAUGAACUUAGAAGACAAGAAUCUAUUGAAGAACAUUGAUGAGAAAGACUUAAGAUCUUUGAACGGAACAAGAGUUACCGAUGAGAUUUUACAAUUGGUGCCCAAGCCCACGGUAUUCAAACAUGCUUUAAGAUGUAUCAAAAUGUGGGCUCAGCAACGGGCUGUUUACGGGAAUGUGUUCGGAUUUCCUGGAGGUGUUGCAUGGGCAAUGCUCGUGGCUCGAAUUUGUCAAUUGUAUCCAAACGCUGUAAGUGCCACAAUUGUUGAGAAGUUUUUCACUAUUUAUACAAAAUGGAACUGGCCCCAACCAGUAUUGCUCAAGCCUAUCGAGGAUGGACCCCUUCAGGUCAGAGUUUGGAACCCUAGAUUAUACCCUCAUGACCGUCAGCACAAGAUGCCCGUUAUUACUCCAGCGUAUCCAUCUAUGUGUGCUACGCAUAACAUUACAAAUUCCACUCAGAAGGUUAUCUUGAAGGAAUUGGAACGCGGUGCUGAAAUCAUGAAAGAGAUGGCGUCUGGUCAAAAGAUUUGGUCCGAUUUGUUUGCCAGGCACACUUUCUUCCAUGACUACAAGUUCUAUCUCUGCGUUGUAGCAGGAACUCUCUCCACUGAUGAGGAGCAUCACAAGUGGAGCGGAAUGAUAGAAUCGAAGCUCAGAAUAUUGGUUCAAAAACUUGAGGUUACGGAUGGGAUAGCGGUGGCUCAUCCCUAUGUGAAAGACUUCUCAAAUUCUUACUUGCUUGGUGAACAGAAAGUGGAAGAGGUGGUUAGUGCAUAUGGUACACUACAAGGUAACGAAACAAUUGCAAAACUUGAAGCAGUUAAAACUGGCUCACUUUCCGAAGAAAGUUCGAAUACCCAACCAGUAAUUCAUCUCACGAAGCUCUUUAUUGGAUUGGAUGUUAGUUUGUUGAAGACUGGAACAGGGACAGUUAGAAAGCUUGAUAUUCAGUACCCAUGCUCUGAGUUCUACAAUUUGUGCAAAGGCUGGCAGGCAUUUGAUGAGAAGGUGAACUUUAUUCAAAUUAAAAAUGUGAAGUUGUAUGAUCUACCUGAUGAUGUUUAUGUUGAGGGUGAAACUCGACCUGUGAAAUCAACUAAAAAAAGGAAGAAGGACAACAAGGCAGAUCAGCUCAAAAGACCAAAGAGUGUGACCUCUACUCCUGCCAUAGCAUGA